GCGAGUUGCGAGUUGAAAUCACUGACUAAACACAAACUAGAGGUAUACGAUCUGAUUCUGAAGUCAACUUCAAUCAAGUAACCAUUUCUUGAAGGAACUUAUUUUGAGCUGAUAGCACAUAUUGAGCAAAAUGAGAGGUGGAAUUAUCAUUGUCUGUUUGGCAGUUUAUGUGCAGUAUGGGUUGGGUGAAAAUAAUGGACUUGGGUUGACUCCAGUCAUGGGUUUCAUGAACUGGGAAAGGUUCAGGUGCCAAACAGACUGUGUUAAUUUUCCUGAUGAGUGUGUGAACGAAGAGCUGUUUAUGACGAUGGCUGAUGCUAUGGUCACUUUCGGCUUGAAGGACGCCGGGUACAAGUAUCUCUCAAUAGACGACUGUUGGCUGAUGAAAAACAGAAGUGCGGAUGGUCAGCUGGUCGCUGAUACGAAUCGCUUUCCGAGUGGAAUGAAGGCACUGGCUGAUUACAUGCAUAAACGGGGGCUGAAGUUGGGUAUUUACGAGGAUGUCGGAUCCUCAACAUGUGCUGGCUACCCAGGAAGCGAAGGGUAUGAACAAGUUGACGCACAAACGUUCGCCUCUUGGGACCUGGACAUGCUCAAGUUCGACGGGUGCAACAUUGAAUUAGAAGACGCCCCCGCUGGCUACAAGAAGAUGGGAAAAUCUCUAAUUGAAACCGGAAGAGAUAUUUUGUACAUAUGUGAGUGGCCAGAUUAUGACCAGAAUGCCAGUUAUGCAGAAGUGGCCAUGACGUGUAAUCAGUUCAGAAACUACCAUGACGUGGACGACAGCUGGGAUAGCGUGUUCGAUAUUAUAAACCACUACGCCGCUAAUCAGGAGAAAUUUUCCAACUACAGUGGACCUGGACAUUUCCUAGACCCCGACCAACUAAUUGUGGGAAACCCUGGAACCUCGUUUGGCCAACAGAAGAUCCAGAUGUCCAUGUGGUGUAUGUGGAGUGCCCCUCUGCUCGUAUCUUCCGACCUCCGGUCCAUAGACGAUGCAUCACUUAGUCUCUUACUCAAUCGAUACCUGAUCCGAAUAAAUCAGGAUCCUCUAGGGUUAAUGGCUACACGAGUCAUCACUGAAUCGAAUAACGAAACUCAAGUUUGGCUCAAAGUUCUUGGCGAUGAUUCAUUUGGAAAGUACGCAAUCUGCAAUUUUCACGCCAAAUCUGACGAUCAAACAGUUCUGUUGGGGUAUUCUCUAAAGACACUCGGAGUUCAUGAGCCUCCAAAAGGUGUAGGAUUUAGUUUAACAGAUGCGUUCACUGGGAAAAGGUUGAGUUUUGGUCCCAUACUUUGGCAAACCCAGAUUAGCGUAUAUGUUCCAGCGUUUGAUGCGAUUGUUUGGAUUGUGCGGUUUGAAGAUAUUCAAGGCGCUGCAUCACCCGAAAAAGUAGUUAUUAGGAAUGCCUAAUUAGUUAGAAGAAGACUAUGCUAAGAAGAUUAACUAAAUUAAAUAGAUAAACUAGAUGAACUCUUUGAAUUCACAAAAGUUUGACGGUGAUUGACAAUGAAAAAAAAACAAGUUAGCUGUUUUGAACCA